AUGGUGGCCAAUGAACUUUGCAUCAUCUUCUUCCAGGAUUUUUACAGCCAAACCACAGUGGUUAACACAUUCAUAGCCAUACUAUCAUCUCUCUUCUUCUCCAGUUUAUUAUUUUCUGUAUGCCUUUGCUUUUAUUAUUUUGUGAAAAUCCUCCAGCUUAACCAUCCAUUCUUCUUGCAGCUGAAGACAAAGAUUACUACGAUAACGUACUGGCUACUUGUAGGAUCCCUUUUUGUAUCUGUUGCGAUUGGUCUUCCUUCCUACUGGGAUCUUUAUAGAGAGCCACCUGAAGUUACUAGCUUAUCAAAAAAUGGAACUGGCUCAUUUAAUUACCAUUUGCUAAGCCAUUGUCAUUGCCUUAUUUAUGUGUACUUGCUGUUUGCCUUCAUAGCUUUUAUCUUGUUUAUCUUACUAACACUUAGCAUUAUAAUUUCCCUUUGCUGGCACAUGAGAGCAAUACAGAUGAAUACAGAGGGUAACGGCGGCACUAACAUUCAUGCUCACUUAACUGCUGCCAAAACACUAAUUUCUCUUUUACUCCUCUACAUAAUCUUCUUUCUAUCUGUGAGUUGUGUAUUCAACAUUGCAGCUGUUGGAGGCAGUGUGAUCUUCUCACUUUCCUUACUAAUGAUCUCGAGUUUUCCAUUUCUGAACUCUGUUAUUCUAAUCUUGGGAAACUCAAAAAUGAGAACAUCUAUGAAAAAGUUACUAUUGACUUUAACCAAGCACUGCUGGGAUGACAGAAACAUAACUGGAGAUAGUAAUGUGACCGAUACAUUGGCAUCAAAGUAUGAACACACAAUGUAA